GCCCGACCCACCCUUCUGCCCGACGAUUGGUGAGUUGGCAGCCUCGGGGGCAGGGAUUAGACGUCUUCCCACCAUCUCCUCCAAUGGAAAUGGGACAGAGGCAGGCCUAGUGGCGGAAGGAGCAUGGCGUGGAGACAGCUGAAAAAGCGGGCCCAGGAUGCCCUGGUCAUCCUGGGGGGUGGAGGACUUCUCUUCGCCUCCUACUUGACGGCCACGGGGGAUGAGCAUUUCUAUGCUGAACACUUGAUGCCGACUCUACAGGGGCUGCUGGACCCCGAGUCAGCCCACAGGCUGGCUGUUCAUGUCACCUCCCUGGGGCUCAUUCCUCGUGCUACGUUUGAAGACUCUGACAUGCUGGAAGUGAAAGUCCUGGGCCAUAAGUUCCGAAAUCCAGUAGGAAUUGCUGCAGGAUUUGACAAGCAUGGAGAGGCUGUGGAUGGACUUUACAAGAUGGGCUUUGGUUUUGUUGAGAUAGGUAGUGUUACCCCAGAACCUCAGGAGGGAAACCCCAGACCCAGAGUCUUCCGUCUCCCGGAGGACCAAGCCAUCAUUAACAGAUACGGAUUUAAUAGUCACGGGCUCUCUGUGGUGGAACACAGGUUACGGGCCAGACAGCAGAUGCAGGCCAGGCUCACAGAAGAUGGGCUGCCGCUGGGCAUUAACCUGGGGAAGAAUAAGACCUCGGUAGACGCUGCCUCGGACUACGCAGAGGGGGUGCGAGUCCUGGGCUCCUUGGCUGACUACCUAGUAGUGAACGUGUCCAGUCCCAACACGGCUGGGCUGCGGAGCCUUCAGGGAAAGGCUGAGCUGCGCCACCUGCUGACCAAGGUGCUGCAGGAGAGGGAUGCCCUGAAGGGGGCACAGAAGCCAGCUCUGCUGGUGAAGAUUGCGCCUGACCUCACGGCCCAGGACAAAGAGGAUAUCGCCAGUGUGGUGAGAGAGUUGGGCAUCGAUGGACUGAUUGUCACGAACACCACAGUGAGUCGCCCCCCUGGCCUCCAGGGUGCCCUGCGCUGUGAAACAGGAGGGCUGAGUGGGAAGCCCCUCCGGGACUUAUCAACGCAAACCAUCCGGGAGAUGUAUGCACUCAUGCAAGGCAGAGUCCCCAUCAUUGGGGUUGGCGGUGUCAGCAGUGGGCAGGACGCUCUGGAGAAGAUCCGGGCAGGGGCCUCCCUGGUGCAGCUGUACACAGCCCUCACCUACCAGGGGCCGCCUGUAGUGGGCAGAGUCAAACGGGAGCUGGAGGCCCUUCUGAAGGAGCAGGGUUUUACCAGAGUCACAGAUGCCAUUGGAGCGGAUCAUCGGAGGUGAGGACAUUGUUGGUGGAAGCGUGAUCUGGAACCUUCCCACUAACUCAAGUGAGACUUUGUGGCUGGAUCAGGAGAGAAGGGACUCUGUCUCAGGACGCAUCGCCCAAACGACAAGAGCCCUUUCUCUGCAGCCAGUUCAGACUAAAAACCAACCGUGAGGGUCACCAGAAUCAAUACACAGCUUUCUUCAGUCACUUGUCAGAUCAUGAACUGCAUUCAGGAUUUUUUCCAGACUCAAAUCCCAGAAUCUUUUUAAUACUGCAAGGACAUGAGAUAUUUGUGGGGAGGAAAAUCACGGAAAAAAAUAAAGCCAUUUAAAACCUGGACUUAAAUUCCAGCCCUUUCUGGAAGGCUACUGCUACCUGGGGUCUGCAGCAGCCUUCCCAGGAACUUGACUCUUUUGUUCUAUCUUUGUUGUUAUUUAAGUUUUAGCUUUAUUUUGAGAAUAUUUCAAACACAGACAAAAGUUGAAAGAAAAGGGCUUGUGGAUGGCUGUCCUCUCCCUGUGUUUUCACAUCAUCUUCCCCAGGUCUGUGUCCUGAUCUCUUCUAAGGACACUGGUCAUACUGGAUUGGGGUCCACCCCAAUGACCUCAUUUUAACUUUAUUACCUCUGGAAAGACCCUAUCUCCAAAUAAGGUCACACUUGGAAGUUUUGGGGAGUUAGGAUUUCAACAUAUCAAUUUUGGGGAGACAAUUCAACCCAUCACAAGAAAUGUGCUUGCUGUCUCCCGGCUUUCAGAUCUGUGACUUAGGGUGCCAUCUGGCAGACAGGUUCUCAAGGUGCUUCGCGAUACUGGCCAAGAGGCCGAAGAAGUAGUCAUUAGCUAAACGCUACUCUUUUCAAUACCGAAAAGCAAACAGUGAAAAGUUAUAAACCUGGUCUGGAAAGGACUGCUGCUGUCUGGCACAACUUCACAGCUAACACAAUCACCUUUGUCCCCAUCACUGCAGUACAGGUUGUAUUGUAAAUUUGAUUUCUCGGUAGCUCUGUGGAGCGGCAUGUAGCUGCAAUAGUGGUAAUGUGUCCUGUUGCCUCAUCUUUCCACCUCGGCCUCAGCCUGGCCCUCCCUCUGCCCACUCACUCUUUGCCAAGAAACCAGUAUCUAGACUCCUGCUAUCUUUUUCAAAGAUCUUUUCCCUGGCUUUUGUCUUAUUAUGAAAAUAAUACCUACUCAUAAGGAAAUUUAAACAAUAUAGCCCCCAAAUAAAAGCUGUCUACCUCCUUCCCCCCAAACAAUUCCUGUCUCUAAGAGAACCUUACUCUUUAGCUCCAGGUGGCUUGCUACCCAGGAGGGCCAGCCAGCAUCUCAUCUGAUCAAAGAAGGUGGAAAUCUGCAUGUUUUAUGUGGUAUCUUCAGUGUUUAAAAUUUGAACUGAUGUCAUGCCAGUCCAUUAAAACUGGUGUGUAGCCAGAUGUGAAUUACAGCCUCCAAUUUAGGUGUCUGGUCCAUGCCAUCUCGAGGCAGCAAUUUGUAACUCCCCACCUCCUGGGAGCCAGGAGCCCCAGCAGGGAAAGGUUGGGAGUGAGGAAGUAAAAUCAGGAGAAUGACAUCCCAGCCAGAGUGGGGACAGGAGGGUCCCAGGGAUGUUGAUUCCAUGACUCACC